UUGCUCAAAUGGAUAGGCUAAUACUUUGACUUUAUUUUCUGAAUUUAUCUGGGUAGCCAAAUUUGUGGUUUGGGUUUUCUUAGGAGGAUACUUUAUGAUCUCUUAAACACCAUUUUACUCCAAAGAAAAUAUCUGGGGGAGGCUAAGAUGCUAAACGUCGAGCUUCUUCAGGAGCAGGUCGCGUCAGUGAUGGCGAUUCUGUCCAAAGCAGCGGUCGCGGAGAUCUGUAAAGUCAUAGACCACGGGUUUGCUGAAGUAAAGCGAGAGAUGGGCAUCAUGAGACAAAGGGAAUUAGAAGGCUUGCGAUCCAAAGUCCGCAGACUGACAGGCGAAGCGAGAGCCAAGACAGCGUAUGUAGAAUGGAGCAACGUUGAUGCACCUCUUCGGCGGUCAGUCGCUGUUCAGGUCUCUGAACAAGGGGCGGUAGAAUGCAGCACAUUGGUGGACUCGCAAGCACAAGGUGAGGCUGUUAUGCAGCUGAUCAUCAAAGUUGAAGGAGGGGAUGAACAUGGAACCCAGGAGACGUCCCAGUCCCACCCAGGCCAAUCAGAUACCUCCACUGAGCCACAUCUGGGCCCCGUCUGGGCCGGUCAGCGUCAUGCCCCUGCAGCUAGGCACAGUAAUGCUUUGCUUCCGGCAGCCUCAGGCCCAGUCAAGAGGGAAGAGGAUAGGCAGCGUGUGGAGGAUGCCUAUGGGGACUCUACCUCUCCUUUCACACAUACACACCUCACACACUCUCAGAACUGUGGGCACACACACACUCAGGAGUCUGGGCACAAACACACUAAGGACAUUGUGGAGUUUGGGGGGCUGCAGCUGGAGCUGAAGGCUGAGCAGCAGCAGCAGGAGGAGGAGGAGGAGGGAGAUCAAAAACGUCAUGCAAUCCCAAAAUGCCCUUCUCCAACCUCAGCAUUCUCCUCUCCCCCUGACUCACUGCUGCCAUUGUCCUCCAGUGCAUCCUCUGAACCUUCCUCUUCUUCCCUCACACUGCCCCCCUGUCUCUUUGGCGUCACAACAACGGAAGCCACGGCGACCACCGGAACGCCAACACUGGCAUCGGUGUCGCCGCAUCUCCUCCGCUGCCCGUCCUGCCCCAAGAGCUUCUGGCAGAAGGCGGCGCUGAAGCGCCACGAGAUCUCCCAUUCGGACGUCAGACAGUUUGGCUGCGACGUCUGCGGCAAGAGGUUCAAGAUGCGCGCCAACCUGCAGCAGCACAUGGUCCUCCACAGCGGCCGCAAACCCUUCGCCUGCCGCUACUGCGGGAAAUGCUUCACCCACCCGUCCAACAUGAAGACGCACCAGCGCAUCCACACGGGGGAGAGGCCGUACCAGUGCCCGGCGUGCGGGCAGACCUUCAACCAGCACACCAGCCUCACCCGGCACCAGAGGCGGCACCACAAGAGGCCUCACGACUGGAGCGCGGACCAAGGACUGGACGAGCGGCCGUUAGCCUGCCUUCACUGCGACCAGCGCUUCGCCAACGCGUCUGACCUGAAGGAGCACCAGCACGUCCACACAGGGGAGAGGCCCUACCAGUGCUCUGUGUGCGCCCGCACCUUCACCCAGCACGGCCACCUCACAAGACACCAGAAGAAGCUGCACAGCGGGAUCACAGCCAUCUGACUGUUUGCUGUGUGUGUGUGCGUGUGUGCGUGUGUGCGUGCGCGUUUCCUUUUAUUUUGUUUGGUUGUUCUCUCAGACACGAGCAAACAAAGAAACAAACGCACACAUAUCCUCAGAAUGUCAACUGUUGACUGAUAUUUAGCAGACGCCGUUAUCCAAAGCGGCACAGACUCGCAGCGAUGGGAAUCAAACGGGGAUCGACUGAUUGUCAGUCGAUAGCGUUACCUCUGCUCCACCACACCCGCUACGAAACUUUGCCUUGACAUACAAUUAAUGUAGCAAUAAAUCUGUGUGAUGUGAAGGUGAGGCUUUUCAAACUCAAUGUUCAACUCAAUGUUCAACUCAACGUUCAACAAUAAAACACUAACAAAGCAAACUAAACAUCAUUCUGAAGAGGCAUGAACAUCUCCUGACUUCUCCCUCUACAGUAGUCUGGUUUUCACCAUACUAAGCUCAAUCUUUUAAGAUUGAACAUUAGUCUGGGGAGGCUGCGCUUUGUUUCUACUGCACUUAGCAACGCUUAAGUUUCGUUAUCGUCACGUCACCGGGCAAUAGCGUGCCAGGACUACAGUAUGGCCGUUUCUGAGUAAACAGAGGAGAUAGAUCUGCUGGUUUCCAGCCUGAGCUGCCAGGCGAAAUCCAAAUUCCCCAGAAGUUCAGGCAGGGUUCACCCAGCCUACCUCUACAGUAGUUCUUCCUAAUAAAUCCUAAAUGCCAAAUCUUAUUGUCUUUUUCCUUACAGUAGGCAAAAUAAAAUGGCCUAAGUUAGGCCAUUAUACUACAUGGAUAGAAUAGCAUG